AUGCCACCGACACGAAGCCUACGACAGCGUACUGCUACUAAUGAAAACGAUGAGAAUGCAACUGCAGCAUCCACACGGCUCACCCGGGCCAAAGCUGCCGCGCUAUCUGUGCCUGAAUCGCAAACCGGCGCGGUCAAGAAGGCCUUAGGCGCGAGAAACACGGUCAACACAUCCGCUACUGCCCUGCAACGGAAGAGGGCUGCUCUCGGCGAUGUGAGCAACGUGUCAAAGCAGGAUAACGGUGAUAGCAAGCAGCUCAAGAAACCAUCUGCCUCUCGCGCACCACUCACUUCUAAGACCUCGACUCAGACAGGGGGCGUACAGAAGGUUACCCGCACAAACACCACAAGAACUGCCUUGGGAGUCAAAGACUCAAACAAGAGAGAAACCACCACAGAACCAAAGCGUCCUGGCAGCGGCUCCGGCGUCAUGGGCGGUCUCCAAACAAAACGUCACAGCCACAAGCCUGCCCGAGCUGACAGUGUUGUCAGUGAAGAACCACCACGCAAGAAGCAUGACAGCGGGAAGGAUGUCUUGAAAACGGAAGAAAAAUCUGAGGACGAGGCCGAAGAAAAAGAAAAGGUUGAGGUCAAGGUUGAAGUUGAGACUGAAGCCAGAGUGGAUGUUGUCGAUUCCCAGGAGUCCGUCCAGGAUGAAGUCAAGGAAGAGCGAGCCGUUGAUGUCGUGAUAGACUUGGAUGCUGAAGACCUUUACGACCCCAUGAUGGCCACAGAGUACGUCGUUGAUAUCUUUGAGUAUCUCAAGGAGCUCGAGCCUAUCACCAUGCCCAACCCUGACUACAUGGACCACCAAGACGAGCUAGAGUGGAAGAUGCGUGGUAUCCUGGUUGACUGGCUCAUCGAAGUCCACACUCGCUUCCGCCUUCUCCCAGAGACCCUCUUCCUCACAGUCAACAUCAUUGACAGGUUCCUCUCUGCCGAAGUUGUCACUCUUAACCGACUCCAGCUCGUUGGCGUCACCGCUAUGUUCAUUGCUUCCAAAUAUGAAGAGGUUCUUUCACCACACGUUGCCAACUUCAGCCACGUUGCCGAUGAUACUUUCUCGGAUAAGGAGAUUCUCGACGCUGAGAGACACAUUCUUGCAGUUCUUAACUAUGACCUCAGCUACCCUAACCCGAUGAACUUCCUGCGCAGAAUAUCCAAGCCUGACAACUAUGAUGUCCGAACGAGGACGCUUGCCAAGUACCUUAUGGAGAUUAGCUUGGUCGACCACAGGUUCAUGAAGUACCGUCAAUCACAUAUUGCUGCUGCUUCCAUUUUCCUUGCUCGUGUCAUAUAUGAACGUGGUCCAUGGGAUGCAACUAUUGCUUAUUAUUCUGGUUAUACCAAGGAGGAGAUCAUGCCUGUGUAUGAAUUGCUUAUUGAUUACCUCUGCCGACCACCAGCCCAUGAAGCAUUCUUCAAGAAAUAUGCCAGCAAGAGAUUCCUCAAAGGUACCCUGCCACCAAUCCAUCUCUCUAUCAUGACUUAUCGUACUAACUAUGCUUAG